CUGGAGCUCUGCGCCCGAGCUGCCACCACCACCACCACGGCUACCACAUGUAUUAUGUAUUCCUGCCCUAUGCAUCCUCCCGGGAGCGCGCCGAAAGAGCGGCCUCAAGGCGGGGUAGGCGGGCGCCGUCGACGUCGCGCGCCGCCGUCACCGCCGCGGCCAAGGUGCGUCGAGGGCGCCAACCACGGCACUCGGGGCCCAAGUGCCAGGCCACGGGCAACGGCGCGAGUCUUGAUGGCGAGUGCGAGCACCGCAACGACAAGGCCACCAAGUCCAUGGGCGGCGCAAUCCCAUUACCCUUCGCUGCACGCUCAUAGGCGCACGCGGCCCCGGCGCUGCGUUGAGGGCCGCUCACGUGCCGCUCUGCCCACCUUGCCCGCCUGUUGCCCGCGCCUCCGCUGACGCCCGCCUAUUAACAAAAUGCGUGGGGGAUGGGGGCCAUGGGCCGACCACACACGCUGCGACCGCUGCAAGGUUUGCGUAAAAAAAGAAGCCUGCGCCUGCACACACACACACAUACGCUCUCUUACUCUUGCGCACAUACUCCUGCGCACGCCCGCCUCCCUCUCACCCUCUC